GCUGCAUUAUUUUCAGAGUUUAAUAAAAAUUCUCAAAACAAAAAACAUAACUAAACUGCAAUUUAAUGUGGGCUACUUCAACAACAACUAAAACUACAGCGACAUCUUACAGUUGAAAUAAAGAACUUAUGUAUAAUUGCUUGCUAGUCUCUCCUCUAACGCCGCCUCCGGCAACUGCGAGUACUUAUUGACUUUCUCUCUUAACGGUUUUCUCUCUUUCACAUCUUGUGUCAAUUGUUACCACUUUUUGCUAGAUAAGUAUGACUGAAUCUCGGUGGAAAAUGCUAAAUGUUACACGAGGUAAAAACCACUAUCGCGAGUACGUUAGUUUGUAGAUUGCGACAAACUAUUACAAGACCUUAUUCUACAGUAGCAAUUGAUUAUAUUUUGAUUAUUUCAGGAACUUCUUAGCGAGUCAUUUCAAAUUGUUAAACAUGUGCCCUUUCUACAACAAUUCUAUACGGUGGUUUUACAAUUUGUCUGUAACGUUAUUGUUAUAUUUCUUCUGGGCGGAGUCGGUUACAUGCUAUGGCUAUUGUUGAACGAAAAUACAGCUCAUUUAAGUCAAUCAUCGUCCAGCAUAGGCGUUAUUAUUGCUGUCGUUAUCAAUAUCAUCAUGCUGCUCUUCCCGUUGGUAUUUGGAUUUAUCGUACGCUACGAGGAUUACAAGCAUCCACGUGCUGCCUUAUAUGUUACGUUGCUCAGGACCUUUUUAUUAAAGGUUGUCCUUGUGGGAACAUUUCUUGGAUUUUGGUUGAAGCAGUCUACAAAACAAAAAUGUUGGGAAACUGCAAUAGGACAACAUAUUUUUCGUUUGAUUUUGUUUGACUUUUUCUUUUCGAUUGUUCUGACUUCAGUUGUAGAAGCUGUUUGUUACUCAAUAUAUACAAAGCUCUGGAGGGGAAUUGGCGCGCCCACGUUUGACAUUGCGAGAUACACGUUGCAGCUCUUGUAUAACCAAACGUUAUUUUGGGUCGGAUUUUAUUUUUCGCCGUUGUUAGCCGUCGUCGUGGUGAUUAAAUUGUGGCUGUCUUGGUAUAUUCGACGGACUUGCACUUUGAAGUUUUGUAAGCCCUACUCGAAAUCGUGGAAGGCGGCUCAAACGCAAACCUUGUUUUUGAUUUUGUCAUUUUUAUCGCUGCUUCUCGUCAUAAUUACACUGGGAUACAUAGUGGUGGAUGUUAAGAGUUCAGCAUGUGGGCCUAUGCGAAAUUACACUUAUAUGUACGAGUUGAUUCUUAAAGGGAUCUUUCAACUGGAACAGCAUAACGUGUUUUGGAGAAUUCUAAUGUACUUUACGAAACCGGGCGCGGUAGCACUCAUGCUUCUUGCCAUGUGUGUCGUGGUUUACUAUUUACGGGCGAAAGCAAUCGCACAAAAAGGAAUAGUUGAUAUUUUACGCGAUAUGUUGGUGCUGGAAGCAAAGGAUAAGGAGUUUUUACUGAGGACUUUUUCCAAAGUUGCUGAUCAGUGUAACUUACCAAACGAGCACAAAGUGUAUACCAUGUAUGAGAAUGUUACUGACAUUUGGUCUGCAGAGAAAUGCCACUAUCGCAAUGGAAACGGAAAUGAUUGUGGUAGUUCAACUGAAACAAGUACAACUGCUGAAGUAGACGAACUUCAGGCCACUGAGCAAUCCUUGCAACUUCUCAAAGAAAAUAAACCCCCUAAGAAACACAGAUGAUUAUUUGAAAUAUUUACACUUUUAUAUGUAUAAUGAACAAUAAAUAGUAAUGUUUAAGA